GAGUAUGAGGAAAGAGUUAUAGGAAUCCUCACUCAGGAAGCAGUGGCUUUAGUCCUUUUCACUGCCUGAAAGCAGAGCUCCAAAGCCCAGGUUCCUGUUCUAGGUGACAGAGUGGAGUUAGGUCUGGAGGAUGGUUUAGACAGGCCUCUCAGGACAAGGGUGGGUACUUGAGACUCACUCCUUCCCUAAUCCCAAAUGCUAGAAACUGGACCUGUCUCUGCCAAAUUUAUCUGUAUGGGUAGGGGGUGAGAGAUGAAUUGAGUCAGCAUGCCACCAACAGCUGCCUAUUUAUUACAGUCAGGGCCAGCUGUCAUUUUGAACCCAAGGACUUCAAGUCCUAGCGUGCAAUUUUCUUGAUGAUUUGGGUUCUAUUGUAUAUGAGCUGUGUUCUGUGGUUGCCCUGUGACCUCCCUGGACUUGAUUGCCCUCUCUUCUCCAGUCAUUAAUUCCCUAUGGUAAGGGGAGCAUGCACCUACAAGUGUUUAGAAACUGCAUAGCCCGUGGGAUUGGGAUUACUAUCGGUGUGCCAUGACAAUAGGGUAGAGUGGAGUAAGACCUGGGGUGCUAGUCAAAGGGGUCAGGGUAGGGGUGGUUGGAGCCAGCAUUUUGAAGGAGCAUGGAACAUGGUUACGCUGAUUGAUGAUGGAGUUUUAAAGGAUCCCCAGGUUUUGGAAGAAAGUGGGUGUAUAGAUUAUCAUUACAACAGGACUAGACUGAUACAGGGGUUCAAUCCAUUGUGCCAUGUUCUUCCAGGAGGAUAAACUCAGGAGCCAAUGAACUGGAGCCAAGUGGGAGAGUCCGCCUCCAAAGGAUUAAAGGCUCUCGUUUUACUAGUCGAUCUUGCCCUAUUCCUUUCGUUGAUUGGUCGAGAAUCCCAAUCCGUCGAGGAAGCGUGGCGUUGCGGCCAAUUGACGUGGCGUUACUAGGCGUGUUGCACCCCGAGGCGGGAGCUAGGCCGCAGUCUUAGCGAAGCGUCUGCUGCCGUCGUUUGAGUCGCCGCUGCCGCUGCCACCUCGCGGAUCAGAGGCCAGCGUCGCUCGCCCGCUGCCCCGGUGCCGCUGGAAGGAAGCGAGAGGGAGGCCGCCUACGGGUUUCUCGCCGCUGCUCGCCCACCGCCCGGUAGAGCCGAGCCCGGGCCCACUCAGUCGUUUGGCACCCCUCGUAGCCGUUACCUGCGGGCCGCCACAGCCGCCGGCCGGGAGAGGCGCGCGCCAUGGCUUCUGGAGCUGAUUCAAAAGGUGAUGACCUAUCAACAGCCAUUCUCAAACAGAAGAACCGACCCAAUCGGUUAAUUGUCGAUGAAGCCAUCAAUGAGGACAACAGUGUGGUGUCCUUGUCCCAGCCCAAGAUGGAUGAAUUGCAGUUGUUCCGAGGUGACACAGUGUUGCUGAAGGGAAAGAAGAGGCGAGAAGCUGUGUGCAUUGUGCUUUCUGAUGACACAUGUUCUGAUGAGAAGAUUCGAAUGAAUAGAGUUGUUCGGAAUAACCUUCGUGUACGCCUAGGGGAUGUCAUCAGCAUCCAGCCAUGCCCUGAUGUGAAGUACGGCAAACGUAUCCAUGUGCUGCCCAUUGAUGACACAGUGGAAGGCAUAACUGGCAAUCUGUUUGAGGUAUACCUUAAGCCAUACUUCCUGGAAGCGUAUCGACCCAUCCGGAAAGGAGACAUUUUCCUUGUACGGGGUGGGAUGCGUGCUGUGGAGUUCAAAGUGGUAGAGACAGAUCCCAGCCCUUACUGCAUUGUUGCGCCAGACACGGUGAUCCACUGUGAAGGGGAGCCUAUCAAACGAGAGGAUGAGGAAGAAUCCUUGAAUGAAGUAGGCUAUGAUGACAUUGGUGGCUGCAGGAAGCAGCUAGCUCAGAUAAAGGAGAUGGUGGAGCUACCCCUGAGACAUCCUGCCCUCUUUAAGGCAAUUGGUGUGAAGCCACCUCGGGGAAUCCUGCUUUAUGGACCUCCUGGGACAGGGAAGACCCUGAUUGCUCGAGCUGUGGCAAAUGAGACUGGAGCCUUUUUCUUCUUGAUCAAUGGUCCUGAGAUAAUGAGCAAGUUAGCUGGUGAGUCUGAGAGCAACCUUCGUAAAGCCUUUGAGGAGGCUGAGAAGAAUGCACCCGCUAUCAUCUUCAUUGAUGAGUUGGAUGCCAUUGCUCCCAAAAGAGAGAAAACUCAUGGAGAGGUGGAGCGGCGUAUUGUAUCACAGUUGUUGACCCUCAUGGAUGGCCUAAAGCAGAGAGCUCAUGUGAUCGUCAUGGCAGCAACCAACAGACCCAAUAGCAUUGACCCAGCCCUACGACGAUUUGGUCGCUUUGACAGGGAGGUAGAUAUUGGAAUCCCAGAUGCAACAGGACGCUUGGAAAUUCUUCAGAUUCAUACCAAGAACAUGAAGCUGGCAGAUGAUGUGGACCUGGAACAGGUAGCCAAUGAGACUCAUGGGCAUGUGGGUGCUGACUUAGCAGCCCUGUGCUCAGAGGCUGCUCUGCAAGCCAUCCGCAAGAAGAUGGAUCUCAUUGACCUAGAGGAUGAGACCAUUGAUGCUGAGGUCAUGAACUCUCUGGCAGUUACUAUGGAUGACUUCCGGUGGGCCUUGAGCCAGAGUAACCCAUCAGCACUGCGGGAAACAGUAGUAGAGGUGCCUCAGGUGACCUGGGAAGACAUUGGGGGCCUGGAGGAUGUCAAACGUGAGCUUCAGGAGCUGGUCCAGUAUCCUGUGGAGCACCCAGAUAAAUUCCUCAAGUUUGGCAUGACACCUUCCAAGGGAGUUCUAUUUUAUGGACCUCCUGGCUGUGGGAAAACUUUGUUGGCCAAAGCCAUUGCUAAUGAAUGUCAGGCCAACUUCAUCUCCAUCAAGGGUCCUGAGCUGCUCACCAUGUGGUUUGGGGAGUCUGAGGCCAACGUCAGAGAAAUCUUUGACAAGGCCCGCCAAGCUGCCCCCUGUGUGCUAUUCUUUGAUGAGCUGGAUUCGAUUGCCAAGGCUCGUGGUGGUAACAUUGGAGAUGGUGGUGGGGCUGCUGACCGAGUCAUCAACCAGAUCCUGACAGAAAUGGAUGGUAUGUCCACAAAAAAGAAUGUGUUCAUCAUUGGCGCUACCAACCGGCCUGACAUCAUUGAUCCUGCCAUCCUACGACCUGGCCGUCUUGAUCAGCUCAUCUACAUCCCACUUCCUGAUGAGAAGUCCCGUGUUGCCAUCCUGAAAGCCAACCUGCGCAAGUCCCCAGUUGCCAAGGAUGUGGAUUUGGAGUUCCUGGCUAAGAUGACUAAUGGCUUCUCUGGAGCUGACCUGACAGAGAUUUGCCAACGCGCUUGCAAGCUGGCCAUCCGUGAAUCCAUCGAGAGUGAGAUUAGACGAGAACGAGAGAGGCAGACAAACCCAUCGGCCAUGGAGGUAGAAGAGGAUGAUCCAGUGCCUGAGAUUCGUCGAGAUCACUUUGAGGAAGCCAUGCGCUUUGCCCGUCGUUCUGUCAGUGACAAUGACAUUCGGAAGUACGAGAUGUUUGCCCAGACCCUUCAGCAGAGUCGGGGCUUUGGCAGCUUCAGAUUCCCUUCAGGGAACCAGGGUGGAGCUGGCCCCAGUCAGGGCAGUGGAGGCGGCACAGGUGGCAGUGUAUACACAGAAGACAAUGACGAUGACCUCUAUGGCUAAGUGAUGGUGGCCAGUAUGCAGUGAGCUGGCCUGGCUGGACUUGUUCCCUGGGGGAGGGGGCACUUGCCCAGGAGGGACCAGGGGUGCGCCCACGGCCUGCUCCAUUCCUCAGUCUGAACGGUUCAGCUACAGUCAGACUCUGGACAUAGGUUUCUGUUGCAAAAAAUACAAAACAAAAGCGAUAAAAUAAAAGCGAUUUUCGUUUGGGAGGCAGAGAGUGAAUUACCAACAGGGAAUUGGGCCUUGGGCCUACGCCAUUUCUGUUAUAGUUUGGGGCAGUGCAGGGGACCUGUGUGGGUUGUGAACCAAGGCACUACUGCCACCCCCCACAGUAAAGCAUCUGCACUUCACUCAACGCUGCCCGAACCCUCCCUUUUUCUCACUAUCCAACCUGGAUAGGUGGGUGAGAAGGGCCACAGUUGCUGGGUGUUUAUAUAGAGAAUAGGUUGAUUUUAUUUUACAUGCUUUUGAGUUAAUGUUGGAAAACUAAUCACAAGCAGUUUCUAAACCAAAAAAAUGACAUGUUGUAAAAGGACAAUAAACAUUGGGUCAAAAUGGA